AUGAAUUUGCGAGCGAAGAAGCUGCGCUUCUCGCGCAUCUUCCGCCCCUCCUUCGCCGCCUCCUGCAGCUCCCAGACCAUCGACCAAGGACGACGACUACCUCGGCCGCCGGUGCCCUCCUUCGUCCCCCGUCACUCCCUUUAUGAGAAGACUACCCCGGCCGCCGGUGCCCACCGAGAAGACCAACACCGAGAAGAAGGCGGCGCCGCGGCGACGGAGGAGGGGGAGAAAGAGAAGUGCCCCUACAGCUCGUCGACCACGUCGCAGGAUGACUGGUUCAGCAGCGACGACGAGAGCGACGUUCGCCUCUCCUCCUCCCGCUCCCUCUCGCCGGACUCGUCGGAGACCCGCCGCAGGCGCCGGCGCCGGAGGAGGAGCGGCGCGGCCGGAGUCGGGGUGCUGCCGCUGGCCGACGAAGGCGGCCGCGGGGAGAUCGAGGACAGCUUCGCGGUGGUGAAGCGGUCGAGCGACCCGCGGGCGGACUUCCGGCGGUCGAUGGUGGAGAUGAUAGUGGAGAAGGAGAUGUUCGGGGCGGAGGAGCUGCAAAAGCUGCUCGAGUGCUUCCUGGCGCUGAACUCGCACCACCACCACGGGGUGAUCCUGCAGGUGUUCGCCGAGAUUUGGGAGGCGCUGUUCUCGAGCCAGUCGUGA